GUUUGACCUUGGACAUUGAAGAGCACGAGGUCACUUGAUGCGUUUAUACAGUUUUCGUGUUACACGAUGAAACGUCAGCCUCCAAGUGUUAUAGUCGGAACGUCUAAAUCCAAGAUGCGUCAAACGACCUUGGUCCCCACCGAGAAUCUUUCACAGUCAAUAAAUGAAGAAUUGUGGGAAAAUACCGUCUCUCUGUUAGUAUAUACACAUCCCAAGUGUGAACCCAGUAGCAAAAUUUUAGGCCUAGAUAUGGACGGAACAAUUAUUGUUCCAUCUUCAGGAAAAGUUUUUCCAAAAGACUACAAAGAUUGGAAAUUGAUCAACGACAAUGUUAUCCCUAAGCUCAAGGAAUAUUUUGAUAAAGGAUAUAAAAUUGUUUUGUUCUCUAAUCAAAAAGGUAUAACAAAAGGCUACCAAGAUAUACCUAGUUUCAAGUUAAAAAUAGAAAAUAUUGUAGAUAAAUUAAACAUACCAAUCCAAGGUUUGUUUUCUAUCUUAGAUGAUAGAAACCGCAAACCUCUCACCGGAAUGUGGGAUUUUCUUAAUGAAAAAGGUAAUGCUGGAGUCUCUAUUGAUUUGUUCGCAUCCUUGUAUUCUGGCGAUGCUGCUGGUCGUCCAGCUUCUGGAAAGCGUAAGAAAGAUCAUUCAUGUGCUGAUCGUUUAUUUGCCCAAAAUGUUGGAAUUCGCUUUUUAACACCAGAACAGCUGUGGUUUGAUCAAUUAGAUACAGAGAAAUUUGAGAUGCCUAAAUUCAAUCCAACUGAAUUGUUAACUAAUGACGAUGUACAAAACAGUAAAUUACCAAGAAUUGACCGACCAAACAAAUCAGAGCUUAUUUUAAUGGUAGGACCUCCUGCGUCUGGUAAAUCGCACUUUUGUAGUCGAGUGUUGGCACCAUUAGGUUAUGAAGUAAUUAGUAGGGAUAAUGUUGGUACAUGGCAAAAAUGUGUACAAGCUGUUGAACAAGCUAUAUCUAAAGGUCUUCCAGUUGUAGUCGACAAUACGAAUAUGGAUUUAGAGUCACGAACACGUUAUAUUAAAAUCGCUAAAGUAUGGGAUAUACCAGUGAAAUGUUUUAUCAUGGAGACAUCUAUGGAACAUGCUCAACAUAAUGAACGUUUUCGCGCUCUAACAAAUUCGUCGCAUAAACCAAUCAGUCAAAUGGUUUACAACAUGAUGAAAUCAAAAUAUGAAAAACCAACUAUGGAAGAAGGUUAUCAAGAAAUUAUAACUAUUCCAUUUAUAUUAGACAAGAAUAUGGAAAAUCUUUCAUUAUAUUGUAAAUAUUUAUUGGAAAAGUAACUAGCUGGAUUCUAUUUGUCUUUUUUUUAUUUUUUAACUAAUCGAUUAUUAUGUUAUUACAUUUCCUCUACUUCAUGCAAUAUCCUACAGUGAUAUUUUUACUUAAACUGUAUCCUUUCAUUGCCUGAUCCUAUGUUAUAGAUGACUGACCGACUGAUUGUAUCCCUUCAUAAUUUUAUUUUUUCAUGUUAUGUGAAAAAAACGACUGCAGAUUUUCUUUCUCCAAUACUCAUUUUGAUAUAAAAUAAAAUCUAUAUUUAUUUUGAUAAAUCUGCGUUAUUAUUAUCAUCGUUAUUGUUUCUAUUGUUCAAGUUGGUUAGUUUUUUUUUCCAUUAUGUUCAAACUUUGCCUUCAUUCUGUCAGUUUGUGUGUGAUGUUUUGUGUUAUGGGAUGAUUAGAUUCUGUACUCGACUAAGUCUUAUGACACUAACCAUAGGCAAUAUUUCAGUGUAUAAUACUGACUGGAUUAUGAAUAGACUAGAAGAAAGUUAGAAGCAUUCAAACUAAGCUGUUGUAUCGAUUCAUGAAGUUAUUAACUAUUGAUUUGAGCCUUAUUAACAAGUAAAGUGUACCUAAUUGAGAUGAGAAGCUAAUAAUCAUGAUUAGUGACUAGAAAUGUUAGUUAACAUUGGUCGAAAUUUGUCAUAGUAACCUGAAUACAUUCAUUCUGUAUCCUCUUAGAUUCCGAAUUCCAAUAUUAUCUCAUAAUUCUUGCUCUAUCAAUUCAUUUCUCUAAAAUCAUAUUCUCUACACUUCUAAUCUUGCUAUCAUUGAUAAUAAAACUACUCUAUGCCAUGCUGAUUGCAUCUCGUCGUAUUAAUAUAGUAUAAAAACUCGAAAAACCACAUAUGUGUGCUCACCCAUACGUUCAUUGUCUGACUGAUGACUCCAAUAGUUUAAGCUCUUUAGUUUUAAUCAUUAAGUCACUUGUACAAAAUAUAACGUCUUCAAUAGUUCUUUAUCGAUGUUUAAUACUAAUGAUUUUCAUCCUAUAUUGUGAUAAGAUAAAUAACUUAUCUAUUUAAGAUUCUCUUCAAUAUUUAUAGCUCUUCCAUAUUAAGUUUAUUCUCUUUAAAUCUGCAUUAACAUAAUCAUCCUCUCACUUACAAAAUAAGAAUAAGUCACAUAAAAACCAAUACAAAUUGAAUUUUGAUCUAUUUGUUUCGAUGUCUAUCGUACGUAUUAUGAUGUUUAAUCUCAAAAGAAAUGAUUGACCGUUAUAGAACUGAAAAACUAUCAGAUUAGAAGAAAACAAACUGCUUGAUACUGUUUGAUUUUUAGUACGAUAAAACUACACAUAUAUGAGCAUAUAUUUGGUUUCUUCUAACUGAGGAAUAUCACUUUAUGGUAUAAAACACUACACAUGUCUAGUUGAUUCGUUCAAAACUUACGUAUUCAUAACUCUUUUAAGCUUCACAGUAGGCGACAUUUUAUCACUUAACUAAACGUGAUCAUGUAUUUAAAUCUGUAAGUUACACUGUCGAAUAGUUAUCAUGAAAAUUACAAUACUUAUGACUGAACUAACACUAAUCUGAAAAAUAAGGUUUUACCAUUCCAUAAUUUUAGACAGAUAGUUCACUUAUCUAGGAAGCUUCACCGACUCAGGUGAAUUACUGACAAAAUCUGAAAAUGAAUAAAAACGGUUCAUCUUAAUUUUAAAAUAAUCAGAAUAUUUACUGAAUUUGAAAUGAAAUCCAGUGGCUAUUAGUACUAAAGUUAUGUAUGUCUUUGAAAUAUUUCUCGGAUAUGGGGAAAUCACUGUAUAAACAAGGUUGAGGUUAGGCAUAAUUGUUCAAGAUAGGAAAACAGGUGGGAGGUCUUCACUACCUUUGUUGACUGAAAUAUAUAUAUGAAAAACAACCGGCAACUAGAAUACACGCUGUUUGGUUGUACUUAAAUUGGAAAUUAAGGAUGGCCAAACUGACCUAGUACAUCAGAUUGAGAAAUCACUAACUUCCGGUUCAACUGUGGUGUAUGUUGCUUAUGCCGACAGAUAUAAGUACUAUGUAGGAGCAAUCGGAAGUGGAAUGCCUGCCAGCAGAAGAUUGAAUUGAACAGAACAGGAAGGGAAACAGAGUAAGUGGAAUAGUGACUGAACUGGAAGGAUCAUGAAGUAUUUAAAAGACAACUGAUGUGAGAGUAAUUUAUUUAAUAUAUGGUUUUCAUAUUUUAUAAAAGUACUGUGCAAUAAACAAUAAGUCGAUUUGCCCCAUCUGAGUUCUCAUUCACUUCAUAACUACUGUAGGCAAUUUUAAGCUAUCGGACUGACAUUUUAGAAACAGCUGGUGGUCUAUUAUACUUAAUUCAGGCAGUGAAUCUCAGUGAAAAUAAUAUGAUGACAAAUUUUUGGAAAAUGUUUCCCUAAUGUUACAGGUAUUUCUUAUUCAUAGAUUUCAACAAAUAUUAUGUUUGAAUAAAGUGAAAGGUUUCAUUGAUCAAUUCGAUCACUUGGCACAAUUUGAUUGAUAGGUAUUUACCAAAAUGAAAAAAUAAACAAAAUUAUAUGAAUCACAGUUCAAUGAUUGAUCCUGAAAAUCUUAAUAUAUUUCGAUAAUACAAGUAUUAUGAGUGAAUUUUAACAUAUUAACUACCUGAUCACAAUCUAUGGUAAAGAUUUACGGGUGUUUUCAAACUCCAUUCACAAUCUCUAAAAUACUACAGUUUGUAAUCAGAAUAUAAAAGUGUCUGGGUUAUGUUACUGACUACUAAUUUGUGAAAUGACUCUGCAUUUGAUCUGGCUCAAAUUUAAUAUUAGGCUGUUUGCUUAAAACAGUUUUGUUUGUGGUGAACUCUACUGAAGAUAGAAAGUGUAAAACCUACAGAUACCUAAUCGUCAUUCUUAACAAAUAUCGUUCUAUGUAUCAAUGACAAUGUUGGACUUAAUAUUUUCAAAUUAAUUGAGCAUUGGGUAAAAAGUUGAUAAAUAUAUUUUUUUGUUAUGCCACAACGAGUAGAAAGUUAUAUUUCCGACGUUUCAUGACUAUAUUGUAAGCCACGAAACGUCAGAAGUAUAACUUUCUACUCAUUGGGACAUAAGAAAUAUAUUUAUUAUUUUAUAUCAUCCUAGUUUGUUGAUGCUAGUUAUAGAGUACACGUUUAUCAAAACGUAUUGAUUCAUAGGGGUAAUCAUUUGUAACUUCUAAACAUUUGAUUUAUGCAUUUUAAGAGACCUAUCUUGGUUUGUUAUUUUGAUAGAAGUUGGA